GUCUGUGCAGUUGUGCUCGCUUGCUCCCCACGCCCACGUCAUUCCCCGUCCGCUGCGGCUCACCUCCAGCCUCACGGUCCCGCGACCGCUAUGGCCGACGCGUACUGGAGGUACGCGGCCGCUGCCCCGCGCCAGCAGCAGCAGCAGCAGCAGCCGCCGCCCUCCGCCGGCGGGGGCGUCGCGCACCCCGGCAUGGGCGGCGGCGCACCGCAGAUGGCCCCCGCCGGGGGGCAGCAGCAGCCCAUGAAGCGGCCCCGCCCCACCGAAUUCUCAGAUGUACCCGGUGCACCUGACACGGCUGGCUAUUAUCCACGCGAUGAAGAAAGGGCAGGGUAUCGUGCUGCUAGAGAUACCGAGUCUCUUAACGCUUCCUACGAACGUUUUCUACGUACUGGGCAAAUUCAAUCCUUUGGUGGUGGACAUGCUGGAGAACCUAUUAGGCCUGCUGUGGGUGGCAAUGCUGCCUACCCAGUUGAUGAUCGUUCAAUGAUGGCUGCUAGGGGUAUGGAUAGCAGAAAUAUUGGUUUCGUUGGUGGAAUGCCAGAGCCACCCCUUCCACCUGAUGCCUCAAACACCUUAUAUAUAGAAGGCGUUCCAUCUGACUGUACACGUCGAGAAGUUUCACACAUCUUCCGACCAUUUGUUGGCUUUCGUGAGGUUAGACUUGUAAACAAAGAACCGAAACAUCCUGGUGGUGACCCUAUUGUCCUUUGUUUUGUUGAUUUUGCGGAACCUACACAAUCUGCUAUUGCAUUGGAUGCUUUGCAAGGCUAUAAGUUUGACGAGCAUGAUCGCAAUUCACCCAAUCUGCGGCUGCAGUUUGCUCGUUUCGCAGGUCCAAAGGGGAAUUCAGGACCUGGUGGUCGUGGUAGGCGAUAAGUUAUUGGCGUUCCUUUUUGCCAGGCCAGUUCCGUGGUGAAUACCCAUGUGGAUUUGAUAUUGCACCAUAGGAAUAGGAUUGGUAGUUUUGGCCUUGUGCAUCCAGCGUUGCGACCUUUGUUUCGCUAGAUGUUUUUUAGGCAGAAUGCACUAGCUGGACAUAAUAGGUCCAAACAUUUGUAGCAUCGUGCAUUCGUGCAGGCGUAAAUCGUAAUGUGUUAUAUUGCUGGAGUUGUUUGUAAUGUGCUGUUUUGUAUCUCUGAGGCAGUUUGGCUGUCAAAUCCGUGGGCUUGACGAAUAUCAACAACCUGGCUGCUGUUACCUUU